GCCUAUAAAUUCUCAUUCUGACACUCACUGUGAGCUUAAGCGCUGGAUUCUCAGAGUCUCUCCAGGUUUGAGUCGUCGAUGUGAUCAAUAAUGGGAAUGCCUGCUGGACUGUUUUUACUCAUAGUUGUGCAUAUUUUCACAGGAAGCUCUUCAGGGACUCCUGUUACAAGCUGUGAUUCAUGUCAUGAUGAAGCCACCUGCUUGAAGUCACAAGAAAGAGGCGACACCUUCGCCGGCCACGCCCUCUCUUGUGUCUGUAAAGAUGGCUUUGUAGGUGAUGGCCUCACUUGCUAUGACCCAAAAGUUUGCAGUGACUCUUCUUGCUGUGACCGAGGUUACCACUGGUCCUCAGAGAAGGGCUGUGUGGACACUGACGAGUGUUCCCUCUCAAACGUACCGUGCACACCACCUCAGAUUUGUCACAACACACCAGGCUCAUACGAAUGUCUGGAGCCUUCCUCCAAGAGCAGAUCAGCUGUCUCUUCCCAGUCUGUCCAGUUCUCCUGUGGAAACACAGUUUGUCCCUCGGGCAUGGACUGCAUCAACUCCCAAUGUGUGGACCCCUGUCAGAACUACACAACACUGAAUGAUGACUGGCGUUCAGUAAAUAACACAAAUACUCAGGUCCUACACUGUGAUCGAGAUAUAAACUGGCAAGGCUGGUAUCGCCUAUUUCUGGACCAAACCAGUGCUCGUAUUCCAGAGUGGUGUGUGGAAUCAAACAGGUGUGGAACCCAUGCGACCUUGUGGAUAACACAACCUCAUCCCACACGGUCAGGUGAAAUUGUAAAUCGCACUGUGUGCAAUGUUUGGAGUGGCAGCUGCUGCUACUAUCGGUCACAGACCAUUCAUGUCAAACAUUGCUAUGGAAACUACUAUGUCUACAAACUUGUGAAGCCACCCGCAUGCUACUAUGCAUACUGUGCAGAGGUGAACACAACUACACCUGUUCUACCUACCACAACACCAGUGGGAAACAGCACAGCAGUGGAGGGGGAAGUCCGCCUGGUUAAUGGAAACAGUUCCUGCUCUGGCAGGGUGGAGAUCUUCCACAGUGGACAGUGGGGGACAGUGUGUGAUGAUGCCUGGAGCCUGGUGGAUGCUCAGGUGGUGUGCAGACAGCUGGGCUGUGGUACGGUCCUCUCAGCACCAACAAAUGCACAAUUUGGACAGGGCAACGGUCCCAUCUGGUUGGAUGAUGUCACAUGCACAGGCAACGAAUCAAAGCUCUCUGAGUGCCGCCACAGAGGGUUUGGAUCUCAUAACUGUGGCCACUCUGAGGAUGCUGGUGUUGUCUGUGCAGCUCCUUCAUCAGUGAGGCUGGUCAAUGGUGAGAACCGCUGCUCUGGCAGAGUGGAGAUCUUCAAUGAUGGACAGUGGGGCACAGUGUGUGACGAUUCUUGGGACCUGAAUGAUGCCAACGUGGUGUGCAGACAGCUGGGCUGUGGAAGCGCUCGUUCAGCACUGCAAAGUGCAGCUUUUGGACAGGGCAGCGGACCCAUCUGGUUGGACGAUGUAGACUGUGUUGGAGAUGAAUCAUCAAUAACUGACUGCAGACACAACGGGCUUGGAGUCCACAACUGUGGUCAUAGCGAAGACGCCAGCAUCAUCUGUGAAGUCCAACCAGGAAUCAACAGCACUGUUUUUCCAACAACACCAAGGCCACAGAACUUCACCACCACACAUGUGCCCGCUAACAUCUCUACCACAGCACCAGUGGGAAACAGCACAGCAGUCGAGGGCGAGGUCCGCCUGGUUAAUGGAAACAGCUCCUGCUCUGGCAGGGUGGAGAUCUUCCACAGUGGACAGUGGGGGACAGUGUGUGAUGAUAACUGGGGCCUGUCGGAUGCUCAGGUGGUGUGCAGACAGCUGGGCUGUGGCAGGGUCCUCUCAGCACCAACAAAUGCACAAUUUGGACAGGGCAGCGGACCCAUCUGGUUGGAUGAUGUCACAUGCACAGGCAGCGAAUCAAAGCUCUCUGAGUGCCGCCACAGAGGGUUUGGAUCUCAUAACUGUGGCCACUCUGAGGAUGCUGGUGUCGUCUGUGCAGCUGCUUCAUCAGUGAGGCUGGUCAGUGGUGAGAACCGCUGCUCUGGCAGAGUGGAGAUCUUCAAUGAUGGACAGUGGGGCACAGUGUGUGAUGAUUUGUGGGACCUGAAUGAUGCCAACGUGGUGUGCAGACAGCUGGGCUGUGGGAGCGCUCGUUCAGCACUACAAAAUGCAGCUUUUGGACAGGGCAGCGGACCCAUCUGGUUGGAUGAUGUAGACUGUUUUGGAAAUGAAUCAUCAAUAACUGACUGCAGACACAACGGGCUUGGAGUCCACAACUGUGGUCAUGACGAAGAUGCCAGCAUCAUCUGUGAAGUCCAACCAGGAAUCAACAGCACGGGUUUUCCAACAACACCAAGGCCACAGACUUUUAGCACCACACAUGUGCCCACUAACAUCUCUACCACAACAACAGUGGGAAACAGCACAGCAGUAGAGGGCGAGGUCCGUCUGGUUAAUGGAAACAGUUCCUGCUCUGGCAGGGUGGAGAUCUUCCACAGUGGACAGUGGGGGACGGUGUGUGACGAUGCCUGGGGCCUGGUGGAUGCUCAGGUGGUGUGCAGACAGCUGGGCUGUGGUACGGUCCUCUCAGCACCAACAAAUGCACAAUUUGGACAGGGCAACGGUCCCAUCUGGUUGGAUGAUGUCACAUGCACAGGCAACGAAUCAAAACUCUCCGAGUGUCAACACAGAGGGUUUGGAUCGCAUGACUGUAGUCACUCUGAGGAUGCUGGUGUCGUCUGUGAAGUAGCUCCUUCAUCAGUGAGGCUGGUCAACGGUGAGAACCGCUGCUCUGGCAGAGUGGAGGUCUUCAAUGAUGGACAGUGGGGCACAGUGUGUGAUGAUUUGUGGGACCUGAAUGAUGCCAACGUGGUGUGCAGACAGCUGGGCUGUGGAAGCGCUCGUUCAGCACUACAAAAUGCAGCUUUUGGACAGGGCAGCGGACCCAUCUGGUUGGACAACGUAGACUGUGUUGGAAAUGAAUCAUCAAUAACUGACUGCAGACACAACGGGCUUGGAGUCCACAACUGUGGUCAUAAUGAAGAUGCCAGUGUUGUAUGUGAAUUCCAGCAGCCUCCACUCCAGACUUCACAGUUAAUUUGUGGCCGUGAUAAAAUCCAAGUAGGUCUGCAUAUGGGCAGCAUGUCUUCCUCUGGUUUGAACCCCUUCUCGGGCAACCUGGCUUCCAGCAACUGUUCCUGGGUCAGAGUUCGUGAUGAUUUCGUUUGGUAUGAAAUGGAGGCUCGGGCAGGUGCCUGUGGAAAUGUGCUGAGGACCAACAGCACACAUAUCAUCUACUUCAACAGUUUGUUCAUCUACCCUCUGGCUAAUUUGUCCUUCGCUCUUCCUGUGAGUCUUCCCUUCUCCUGUGCUUAUCCCCUGGACACAGACGCCAGCCUGAAUGUAGCUAUCAGGCCAGACCUGUUCACUGGAGGAAUUUCAGGUUCAGGUCCGAAAGCUAGAACCUCCAUGUCUCUAUUCCGCAAUUCCAACUACACUGAGUCUUAUCCACCAGGCCAGGUGUACCUCCCAGUGGGUUCACCUCUGUAUGUGGGCGUCUCUGUGGAGCACACAGACCCAGUUUUGGCAGCUGUUCUGGAGGACUGCUACGCCACUCACUCACCAAACCCUGAUGAUCCCACACAAUAUCCUCUCAUCAAGAACAAGUGUCCCACUGACCGCCAAAAGGUGUCAAUAGUUGAGAGUGGCUCAUCCCUCCGAGCUCGUUUCUCUGCUCUGCUCUUCCUGCUCCAGGGUCAAUACAGAGACAUUUAUCUUCACUGCAGCCUCAGCCUGUGUAACCAGAGGAACUACAACUGUGUACCAUCGUGCACAAGUAGGACACGUCGCUCUGUGUCCAACUCAGCUUCUAUGAAUCCCGUCACCAUUGGACCAAUCACUUUGGACAAGCCAGCUGAGUGAUCUGGAACAUACAAAAACAUCCUGUAGUGUGAUAUUAACUGCCAGAACUCUGUCAGUAGAGAGAUGAUUUAAAUAUAUUAUUCACAAAUAUUUCACACACAUUUUUCAAUAUUUUGUUCAAUUUGGGCUAAGACUUCUUUUUUUCGUCUUCUUCUUCUUCUUUUUUUUUUUUUUUCUUUUUUGUGAGUACAAACUGUCCAAAAAAGGUAUGUUUGUAAAAACUUUACCUUGAUGCUGGAAUGUGAAACCAACUGGGUGAUAAACUGCAAAGCCACCACAAGUAUCACAGUUCACACAGUCUAAUCAGAACCACUAGAUUUCAUUGCAAAGUGUGAAAAUUGCAGAGAAGGUAUUAAUUCAAUUCAAUUUUAUUUAUAUAGUGCCAAAUCAAAACAACGGUUUCCUCAAGAUGCUUUAUAUUGUAAGGUGUAGACCCUACAAUAAUACAAAGAAAACAGACCAAAACCCAACAAUCGUAUGACCCCUAUGGCCAAUCGUGGGAAGGAAAAACACACUUUUAACAGGAAGAAACCUCCAGCAGAACCAGGCUCAGGGAGGGGCGGCCAUCUGCCGCGACAGGUUAGGGUGAUGGCAGGAAGACAGAGUAAAGACACGCCGUGGAAAAGAGCCAGAGAUUAAUAAUUACAAAUAAUUGAAUUCAGAGAGGUCUAUAAACACACGGUGAGUGAAAAAGGUGACUGAACAAGAAACGAAAUGUAUUGUGGGAAUCCCCCAGCAGCCUAAACCUAAUGCAGCAUGAAGAUUCUGGGUCACCCUAUCCAGCCCUAACUAUAUGCUUUAUCAAAAAGUACAGUUUUAAGCCUAAUCUUGAAAGUAGAGAGGGUUUUUUUUCUCUUGAGUCCAAACUGGAAGUUUGUUCCACAGCAGAAGGGCCUGAAAGCUGAAGGCUCUGCCUGCCAUUCUACUUUUAAAUACUCUAGGAACCACAAUAAAGCCUGUAGUCUGAGAGUGAAGUGCUUUAAUAGGGUGAUUCAGUACUAUAAAAUCAUUAUAAUAAGAUGGGGCCCAAUUAUUCUAGACCUUGUGUGUAAGGAGGAGGAUUUUAAAUCUGAUUCUGGAUUUAACAGGAAGCCAGUGAAGAGAAACAAAUAUCGGAGAAAUCCGCUCGCUUUCUAGUCUGUGUCAGCACUCUUGCUGCAGCAUUUUGGAUCAGCUGAAGGUUUUUCAGGGAAUUUUUAGGACAUCCUGAUAAUAAUGAAUGACACUAGUCCAGCCUAGAAGUAAUAAAUGCCACGAUUUCUUCCUUUUGUUUUGGGGGAUAAUCAGCUCGGUGAGCUUGUAACAUCCUAUAAUAUCCAAAAGACAUUCUAUGAUGUAAUUAAAUCCUUUUUUCAAAUUCA